CAAGACGUGGCCAGGGGAUUGGUGUAUCUCCACGGGCACAAUCCGGUCGUCAUCCACCGGGACCUAACGGCAAGGAACGUGCUACUCAACUCUGCACUGGUGGCCAAGAUAGCCGACAUGGGGAACUCCCUCAUUGUUGAGAGCGAUAAGAUUGUUACGGCAUCUACAGUGCCCGGUACCCUAGUGUACAUGCCUCCCGAAGCUACAAGCACCACAGAAUGCCGGUGCAACUCGUCGCUGGAUAUAUUCUCAUUCGGUCACCUCAGCCUCUUCACGCUCACGCAGGACUUUCCACAACUACUCCCUGCAACCUACAAGGAUCCUAAAACAGGGAGAAUCAUGGGCCGCACAGAAGUCGAGCGACGUGGGGCGCACAUGAAAAUCUUGGAAAGCAUGCUCCCUAAAUCUCACACCAUUGUAAGCCUCGUCAAGGAGUGUUUGGGUUACGACCCUUCCAGCCGACCCUCUGCCUCGAAUAUCCUGCGCAGGCUUCAGGGGGUAAGUGCCAGCAUCCACGAUCCCUGCCACACGGCAACCAGACUAGAGCUGGAAAGCCGUGUUUCGGCACUUGGAAAACAACUGAAGGAUUUGGAGCCAUUUGCCAUCAAAGGGCUUGAAGCAAUGGAGAAAGAGCUCCUGGAAGCACUUAAGAGGACAAAAGGAGCAGCAAAAAGAGAGAAGCCCCAACUUCCGCAAGGCACCGCCUACAUUGAAUCCAGGGGUCUUUGCUACGAUGCAAAUGUAGGUGAUAUCGCGGGAAAUGCCAUGAAUGCCAUGAUCAUAGUUUCGGCUGGCGAUCAGUUCCCAAGUGACGUCGAAAUCGAGCAAAGAGUUCGAAACACAGCUCUGGCAGACAAAGCCUUCAAAAUUCACGGUCGACUUCCACCCUAUGUGACGUGCCUCCACAAAGAAGCUGCUGCAGAUCUAAUGGCAACUGCCAGCAAUGAGCUAAAGUCACUAAACAUCGACCUGGUUAGCAUAUGCAUCGAUAGUCCUUCACUGCAGCGUUCCAAGACGUACUACCUUGAAAAAAUCUGCAAAUUUCUUCAAAACGUCAUGCAACCCAGUAGUUUCCAUCGACUAUCUUGGCCACAGCGAGAAACACACGGGUAACUGGUGCUUCAAAGACGGUACUAUCAGCUUUGGCGAAGUUUUCAGCCUCUAUAAGCGGCACUGUCCCGGUAAGCUUCUGACAAUGCAAUCCGACUGUUGCUAUUCAGGGCAGUGGGUGUUAGAUUGUACCAAAACUCUCGAUUCGCUCGGUAUUCCUCCAUGUGGGCACAGGGCUAGGGAGCGUGGGGUACUUCUGCGAGUUUUUGCAUCUUGCCAACCGCAGCAAAAGGCAGUCGAGCCAGGGUAUUCCAUGAAUGCACUAUCAGUUGGGACGAUGGAAUAGCAACGGUGCAAGCGACGUCGUUUGAAGACCAGAAAUCAGCCUGGUUUAGUGGGACAAAGUUGGUGUGCUGUCGUGGUCCCGACACCCCGUGUCCCAAAAACACAUUCACGCAACUGAAGUGGAUGGACGGAGUUGCCCGGAGUUUCCCAAUCAAAAGCUUCACGAGGAAGGAACAAGGA